AUGGCGAGCUAUCCACCAUUUUAUGGAUUUGUCGUUUUUGAUCGAAAUGAGGAUGCACAGAGAGCUUUGAGAGACAUGUCGACAGGUUAUAUUAAGGAUUGCAGAGUUCGUACAACCGUGGCGCUACCACGUUAUGGAGGAUCCGCUGGAAGAGUCAAGUCGUUUGCCUCCACCGCCUGGUCGAGGUCGUCGCAACUUUGA